AUCAUCUCCCCCAGGUGCGGCCACCCUUUUCGACAGCGUGGACGCCAUGGCUGAUGACUUCAUCCCUUCAGACGAACAUGCCGCUCGCCUGCUGGUCGACGAGGCGACGAGGGGGCCCGGGGCCUCGGGCGAGAAAAGGCCGGCUACCAUGCCCAGGCCCAACGUGAGGUUUCUCAAGAAGAUCCUUCGAGGUAUGUGCGGAGUGGGUCGACUGUUGCGCGUGCCGUGCUAAUGACUGCAGCGGGCCAGAGAGAUGCCGAGCGGGCCAAAGAGAAGGAGCCGCAGCCCACGCGGGCCGAAUCCAGCCGUUCCACGCGAAAACCGAGCCGCGCGGCGGGCGAGCCUACUCUGCGCAGGCGACAGAUGGACGGCAUACGGGCCAUUCUGGGCGGUGCGUCCAGAGACCCGGUUCCUUCCCGGCACCAUGGCGAGAGACGAGGCGGCGACUCGACCACGCGCCACGGUGGUUCAAUCUUGCGUGGAGGCGACCACCCCAAACGGCACGACCGGCUCAUCGAGCACAGGCACCCAUCUCGAGACGACGAACUUACCAGCCGACGCUCCCGACACGACACCCACAUAUCGGGUGAGGAACGACCCUGUCACCACACAACGUCACGCCGAAGCAGAUCCAGAUCUCCAAGACGACGCAGAUCGCGCUCGCCAGAGCGAAGCAGACGACGCCGGGACCGUUCAUCUUCACCUCGAUCCAAGCGCGCGUCGCGCCAGCCCGCGGCGGCCAGCUCAGACUCGGACCACGAAAACUUUGGCCCGGCACCGCCCCCCACGUUCAAAGGACGAGGCACGAUUGGCGGCGCCGCAGACCUUGACCGGCGCUUCAGCUCGUCGUACGACCCCAAGAUGGAUGUUGACCCCGGAAGCGACGGCGGCGACUGGGAUGACACGGUAGAGGCCUAUAGGGACCGGCUGAAACUCAAGCAGAACCAGGAGCGGCGCAUGCGGGACGCAGGGUUCCCCGAGGACCAGAUCCGCAAGAUGACGCAGGGCGAGAAGACGGACAAGGACGUGGUGUGGGGCAAGGCGGGCGAGAAGCGGGACUGGGACCGAGGCAAGGACGAAGGUGACACGCAGCCGCCGACGCUCUUUUCGGAGGAUUACGACGGUUGAUCAUGCAGUCGGAGGUCAGGGCGAUGAGCGGUCGCCGUGGUUGGGGUUAUCGACGUGGGGGCCGCGUUAUGAGGCAUGAAAACAUGUACGGCUACGGCCAACGGCGCAUUGCGGGCUUGAUUUACGGCGUAUCGCACGGCCAGGUAAUAGAAUUGAUCCAGCGGCGUACAGACUACAAUGUCAUUA